CAGUGCGUCAUCACAAUUCUCAGUAAAAAAGAUGGGAUGACCGUGUGUGUUGGGGGGUUUGAGACAUGGAUUACUCACCCAUUUUCAGAAUUUCGUAAGGAUAAUCACACACAGAACAACCCACAGGCUCCAACUGUGUGAGCUGACCUGAAGUGUCUACACAUUCACUAAACACAGCAGAGAAGUGAAGGAAGCACCAUGAGUGUCUCUGCUGCAGCCCAGAUCAUGAGGCAGGCAGAUACUGUCAAGAAUACAAUGACAGAGUCUGGCAAGAGCCUCUCAGAACUGUGGGUGACCAGACAAAAGCUUGAAGACCUGUACAAAAGACUGCUGCUGGUGGAUUUAGAGUAUGCCCUUGAUAAGAAAGUGGAACAAGAGUUGUGGAAUCAUGCCUUUAAGAACCAGAUCAGCAUCCUUCAAACGCAGUCUAAGGACAGACAGAAUCCCAAGAAAAUUGAAGCCCAUGCCAGCCUCCUUUUAUUUCUGGAAACUGCAAGUGGAUUUUAUCUGCAGUUCCUGCAGACAAUUUGUUCUACUUUCAAACUUGAUCUGCCCUUUAGGAGAAGGUCGGCUGCCUUUGGUGUCAUGAGAGAAAACAUCAUGAACUACAAGAAAAUUGUGACUCCCAAGAAGAGUUCGUGCUUGUACAUUUGCUGCCAUUGCUUGGUCCACCUCGGAGAUAUUGCUCGCUAUCGUGGCGAGAUGUGGCAGGCCCAGACGUACUACAGGCAUGCUGCCAACCUGUCUCCCAACAAUGGUCAGCCUUACAACCAGCUGGCUAUUUUGGAAGCUUCCAAAGGUGACAAGCUGUCCACGGUGUUCUACUACGUGCGCAGUCUGGCCGUGAGGCACCCGUUCCCUGUGGCUGCCACCAACCUGGAGAAGUUCUACUCCAAGCUCAUCAAAGACACGAGAUCAGACUUCGAUGGACCUAACCUGACUAUGACUGACAUUAUUGUGGCUUUCCUGCAGUUCCACGCCCUGCUGCACAUGUCUACAGGGCUGGACCGAGCGUCGUACCUGAAGACGCGGAUCACCUCGGCCCUCGGGAGCCACAUCCGCUCCCAGUCGGUGUCGGCGGCCCACCUGACGGGCAUGGUGGCCAUCUCGGUGUUUGCGCUGCACCGCGCGCGCUGCGACGACGCCAGCGACACCGGGGAGCCCGCCCGCAAGCCCGGCCUGUCCUCAGAGGAAGAGCGAUGUGUGCAGAUACACCUCAGCUUUGCAGCCAAGCUCCUGGAGACCCUGCUCCAACACACGCCCAAGGAAGACAACAAAGCCAGGGAUUAUCUCACCUUGCCCGCCAUCAAGGUCAUGUUCGACUGGCUCUCGGUGAAUCGGGACGUCCUGCAGGGACGAGAGUUCAACAAUUCCAGUAUCUGGCAAGACUUUUGCAAGCUACUCAACAUCAUCCAGUGGCUGCUGAAUGACACCAACAAAGCCUCGGAUCUUCCCAAGUACGAGGACACGCCCUUGCCGGAAGACGCGGACCUGAGAUGCUUCCAGCCACUAGAGCCCUCCUACAGCUCGUACAACUUCAACAAAGCCCUGAAUGAGGAGCUGAGCGCAGCCUGUGAGAGAGACCUGCGUUGUCAGCGCCUGGUGGCCCACGGCCGAUGGAUCGCCCAGGAUCUGCCGAAGCUCAAGCUCGUCCUCUACCAACCAACCAAGUCUGUCCGUACGCAGUUCUCCACCCAGAAAGUGCCACAGAACAUCGAAGGUCAGCAGGCGACGCCCCCUAAGGCUUCUCAGCGGCCGACUGUAGCAAUGCAGACAAUCAUGAAGAAGCGGACAGAGCCAGAAAAAGGAUCAACCAGCCCCCUCUCGGUGAUAUCGGAGGAAGGAAAAUCGGCUCAGGGUGAUUCACUUCCAGCAAAGACUUCCUCAGAACAGAUUCUGGCUUCUCAGCAAGGUCAAGGUCAGAAGGGAGGCUCAAGUGGAGGAGGAGGGGGAAGGCAGGCAGGCGUGAUCAACUUACAUCACAAGUCCUCCAUCAACCAGAAGCCAAAUCUGCCGCCCAGACUGUCUGCCAAAGCUGGCAACGCUCAGACGUCCUCCCUUAGUCCCCGGCUCCAGAAGAAAGGUCUGACCCGUGGUGGUGGCGGUGGUCACUCUACUGGCUCCUCGGGUCGGGGCGGUGGCGGUGGCGGCGGUCAAGUGAACAAAGUGGACACAGAUGGACGUCCAGACACCGCGCCCGCCGGGGCGGCGACAGCGACAAUCCCGACGUUCAAGAGCCAGGAGCCGUACCCUAGCCUGAGCGCCGACAACUACCCAGCCCUGGUCAACCAGAGAACUCAAGCCUCUCUGAUUCCUUCGGAGAAUUUGUCGCAGAAUUCUAGCAGUGGCGGCGUCAGUGGUAUCGGUGUUGGCGGGCUCUCCGCUGGUCUGAACUGGGGAGGUUUUGGUCUGGGUCGUGAUAACAAUAUUGGUGGUGGUGGCAGCGGCGGGGCGUUGCAUCAGAGCACGUCACCCAUGUUGUCCAUCCCAGGGGGUGGCGGGGGGUCGCCCUCGCUGGACACAUGUUCCAAUUCCUCCCGCUCGCCACAACCCUCGCCCAAUCUGGCCUCCUCGUUCGCGUCUCUGGAGCUGCCGGUCAGAAAUGUGGAUAUGGGACUGUCUACAACGCCGACGGGCGUGGAUCAGACGACCCUGAACUUCCCCGCCACGACGCCCAGCGCUGAUUUCCUGUCGGCCAUUCGGUCUGCAAGCCAGUUUGUCCAACAGCAACAACAACAGCAACAACAGCAUCAACAGCAGCAGCAGCAGCAACAACAGGGCUAUCAGAUGCUGCCCCCAGACAUGCAACCACCAGCCGGGCCCCCUCAGCAGCAGUUCCCGCCGCACGCCCACUACAGCCAGCAGCACCGCAUGCUCACCGCGCAGCAGAAGCAGCAGAUGCAGCAGCAACAACAGCAACAACAGCAACAGCAGAUGGCCAGGAACCCGCAGGGAUACUUCCAGGGCACGGCCAUGAUGCCGGACCAGAGUGCCGGGCUCUUCAAGCAGCCGCAGCCACAGCCGCAGUCGAAGAACAUGCUGGCUCCGUCGGGGGGCGUCAACCCAGCAGGAAGUGUCGGUAGUUCAGGGCCCAUGCUGCGAUCUGGCAGUGCCGGUGGUGGCGGUGGCGUCAUGACGUCUGGCAACCUCCACCCCGUCGGCGGGCUGGCCAUGCCCCCGCCACCCCCGCCCCAACAGCCCACGCCUCGAGGGAUGUCCCAGAUGAUGCCCUCGGAGGCUGGCGGGACGUCCGGCCCGGGCAUGAGCUAUCAGGCUAACAGGGGAGGCGACUCCUCCUCCUCCUCCUCUGCCGGCAGGUCCUUUAUGGGGGGCCCAGACUCAGCACGCUCAGCACAGUCACCAGCAGCAGAAGCAGCCUCAGCCACAGCUCAUGCAGCAAGGCAAUCCACCCACGCCAAAGUCAGCUGGCCUACUGUAUCAGAACAUCCCUUUGCGAGGGGGUGCGAACUCUGGCACUUCGCAGACGGUCGGAGCCGGUGGGGGUCCUGGAAGCGCGUCGGCUAGCGGGCCCAAUAACCAGCCUCCCUCAGCCUCGGCCAUGAACAGCCUGUUCUUAGCAGCCAACCUGGCGACCAACGGCCGGAAUCCAGGUCAAGGGCCGGGUCUGAACCAGGGGCCGCAGUCCCAGAACUCCGCGGCAUUCGCCCAGUUUCUCGGCUCACAGCAACAGCAACAGCAGCAUGGGUAUCUCGCGGGGAAAUCAGCCGCUGGUCCAGACCCCAGGCUGUCCUCCAGUUUCCAGGGACAUGCUGCGGGAACUCCGAAACCAGACAAAGGACUUGGUCUGGACAGCGGCCUGAACCCCCAGCUGGUAAAAACACAGAAACCACCGCAACAUCAACAACAAGCACAGCAACACCAUUUAACCCAACAACAGCAGCAGCAACAACAACAACAGCUGCACACGCCGCAUCAUCAGCUCCAUCACCAACACCACCAACACCAACAACAACAACAACAACAGCAGCAGCAGCACCGCCCCCACCACCACCAGCAUCAGCAGCAGCACGCCAGCUCCCACCAGUCGCUGAUCCACACGGUGAUGGACCCGCCGUUCCUUCAGGCCAGCGGGGAGUACACGCUCUUCAGCAACACCAACAGCUCACCGGCCUGGCCCACCUCGCUGGUCAAGACCACUCCGGCGGCUCUCAUGAAGACUGCCGGUCACGCUGACGGCUCCAGUGGUCCAGCCAACAUGCCUGUUGGUCAAGUGAUUCCUAGCACAACGCACUCGUUUGCCUCAGGGAACCUGCAGGGCAUGUGGUCCAACACGGGCCCGUCCCCGCUGGAGAGACUGUUGGAGCAACAGCGCAGUCAGAGGCAGGGCGACAACUGACGAGAGAGACGCGGGAAGCGGCUUUUCCAGACGAAGACAAACACAAUUUCUCUCGCAGUGUACCCCCCUGGCUACUCGCUGCUGUUGCGAAGCUGAGACACCGUUGUUUUUUAUCAGUUUGCUGUGAUGACUUGACGCGGUGUUUUCUACGAUAAACUGUCAUAUGCGGACUGUGUCGAGCUAAGUUUGGCUACGGUACCUCAGUUUUGCAGUCCGACUACAGCGAAAAUGUUUCGGAGUUUUUUAAUCCUUUCGUGUCUUGGUGUUUCUGAAACUGAGUUAUGUGGGGGGGGGGAUCUGGCUCAGAUGGGUUCAAACAGCCCGCACCGUGCGCUGAGUUCUGAUUGGUUUCUUCCGUUUUCUCAACUCUGAGGUCUCGCUGGAGUUGGUUUGGAGGUUGCACAAUACUGCUUGUUGUGUUUUUAAAUCCAGUCUCGAUGAGGACAGUUCGCCACUUAUGUGACCUUAUUGUGUUGCUUGUGCCGUAAAACUCUUUACUAAGACUAAAGAUGAUAGUUCUCGCAAAGCUGAGUUGAUGAUAGUCUUGCAUGAGCGAUGUUUUUAAAGUCUGUGUGGAGCGAAAUUUGGCUCCUGCUGUUUUACAAGGCCUGGUGCUCGUACAAUUUUUGUUUGUUUUUGUUUUUGUUAUUUUUGUGAGCUUUUUUUUCGGCGACAGUUUCAGAAAACUGCGUAGACUUCACCGCUGUCUCAGGCAAUGUAUCAGGAGACCUGCUGACGAGUCAUGUGACAUGAGAUUGGAGAAUUUCUCACAGGCAUCAGUGCUGUAGAGAUUUAACUCUUGCGGAAGACAUGAGUUCGAAUCCCGGGUGUGGAAGUAACUUUGUCAAGCAUGUCUGUCUUUUUUUGAUGGAACACUCUUUCCCAUCUCAGAAGGCAGGGCUGAAGCUGCGGCCGGCCUCCUAAAUGAUCGAAAUUGUACGUCGAUGUUGCCAAACAAAAACCAUUGCAACUGUUUAACGUAAGACUCUGUCAUAACCCAUUUGAAAAGUGGCGUAUAACGGAUGUUGAAAAGUGACAUAUAUGCAUAACAGAUUGAAAAGUGACGUGUGCGGGUAUUGAAAAGUGACGUAUGCGGAUAUUGAAAAGUGACGUGUAACGGAUUUUGAAAAGUGAAAUAUAAUGGAUAUUGAAAAUUGAAGUAUAAUGGAUAUAUAAUGGAUAUUGAAAA